GUGGGUGAGGCUGAGAGUUUUAUGGAUGAUCACCCUCUUAUUGGGCAAUAUGCCAUCAAAUUACAUGUAUAUUUCUGUGGAAGUUUUCCUUCCAGAGAAAAAGCUUUUAUAAAUAAUUUCCUGAUAUCAGUAGGCUACUAUAAAUAGGCUAUGAGUAAAGAAAUCCAGUGUGCUUCAGACUUCAGUCGAAGACAUUUCCAGUCAGCUUCACUUCUUAAUAUACCACAGACUCUGCAUAAACUCCAGACUACAGACAAGGCAUUAUAGACAACUGAGAUGGCAAACCAAGGAAGACAUCUCUGUCCUGAAACUGUGAUUGUGGGUGGGACGGGAGGUGAUGAUUUCUCCUUUAAGUCUGCCUCCUACGUCACCAUUAAGAAGGUCAACGUUACUUACAGUGAGACAGCACUGACCUCAAUCCAGGUGAUUUUCAACUGUGGCCACAUGAUUAAAGUGGGUAACUUAACAGGAUCGCAGAGUCAAGAAAUUAAGUUUGAUGACUAUGACAAAAUUACUUAUGCAAAACUGUGGCCAAAUAUAACUGGUAACAGAUGUGGGGGGUUUGAGUUUGUGGUUGCAAAAAGCAAUGGAGUCACGACAACAUUAUCUGUGAAGUGUAAGCAACUGGGUCAGCCUGUGUGUUUAGAUGUGAAGUCUGGAAAGAUUAAUGGCAUUACAGGCAGAAGUGGAGAUGAAAUCGAUGCUCUGGGCUUCUACUUCAUUUAGUCUACAGCUAUGCAUGCUUACAGGUUGCUGACAGCAUCCAAAAUAUCUGCACAGCAAUCUUAUAAUCAUAUACAUUUAUCAGAUAAUAUACACAUCAGAUUUAAUGACUAAAUGUGAAGUAUCAGAUUUGAAUCAAUCAAUAUUACUUUAAAAAUUUCUACUAUCAAUUAAUAAAUUUCAGGCUCUUGUAUCCAUACUCGGCAAAAAAAUAAAUAUAAAUAAAUUAAAGCUGCAAGCAGCAUUUACCGGGGUUCAAGCAGUUUAGGCCUCUGGGGUGGUCUCGGCCAACCAGGAUGUAUGGAUGACAUUUAAACACAUCCAAAAGACAGACACACACACUGAAAUUAAAUGAUUAAACUAGUUUUUAAGAGUUUAGAUGUCAUUCAGGUUUCACUGUAAUCAUAAUGUGGCAAAAUUGUAAAAACUGAUGUGUCUGUAUGAACAAAAUAGAAAAUGUUGACUAAAUGAGAUUUCAAAUGUUGUAACAGUGGUUUUUUAUUGUUUUGGCAUGAAUUCAUAAAACCUUUCAACAUUACUGUUUAAGUUAGCUGAAUGAGCCCAUUAGUGGUUUUCCGCUUCCAUCUAGUGGUUAUAAAUGGCAAUUUCUCAUGCAUCACUGUGUUAAACCAAUAUAACUGUUGACCUAUCUCCUCUUAAAUUUUGCAUGCUUGUUAAGAAUGAAAUUAUGCAUUAUUUUACACAGUUUUGAUAAUUUGUAGGCUUUCUGUUUGUAUUAAUAGGCCUUUGUGUACACUAUGUAAAGAACAUAUAAUAAAAUUACUGGUUUAUAGUUGUCCAAA